AUGGUGCGCCAUGGACAUGGACAUUACCGCCACUCGCGGAUAGGCAAGCGCAUCACAGACAAGCAUCUACUGGAGGAGAAAGAUGCAGGAAUCGCAGAUGUUGAGGACGCCAAGUCCAAGUUACUCGGGGCUGUUGACCCACUCGAGACCCCCAGUCUAUCAUCUUCCGAUAUGGUAUCAACUGAUCACUGCGAUCCCUUACAAAACGUCACCUGCCUCAAGGAUAGCGUUGAUACACCGAACAUAUCGCUCUCCAAACGACAAGAGGCUGAGUCACCCCCCACCACGGUCGUCGAGACCAUCCUUCAAGUGGUAGACCAGAACUCCCAUACCCUCUGGGUGUCCACCGCGGCCGAUUUUCCGAUGACCAUUUCAAAUCCCGCGUUUGGCGCUUUUACUUUUACAGGUAGUGAGACGGCAUCAGCAGAGCUGUCCUUAUCGACUACUCCCACAAAUUUGCUUGCUACCCCGCCGGCAACCUCGACAACCCAGACUACACCGCUUCCUACGUCCAAACAGAUUCAGACAGCGCCAAUCUCCUCGCCAAAGAUUUCUCCAGCGAGCAGUUCAGUCCCUUGCACAUCGACACCACUGUUUCCGCCAUCAAAUUCUACUACGGUUUUACCGACCACCACCUCAUCAGGCUAUUACGGAGGUGGUGGUGGGUAUGCCAGUUCCAGCUCUUGGGAGGGCCCGUAUUCCAGCACAACAUCAUAUGCCUCAACGAGUGUGUCUGGAGGAUCCGAAGAGACUGGUACCGGUACGGGUAGUGGAGCGGAGCCGUCCAAGAGCAAUUCACAACCCUCAUCAGGAUCAGGAUCAGGAUCAGGAUCAAGCAACGAUGCUACCACGCCCAAAAUCGUGGGCGGCGUCUUAGGAAGCGUUGCCGGACUCGCCGUACUCUUCCUACUUCUUUUCUACCUCUUCCGCCGCCGAAAAUUCUUGCAACAAAAGAGUGCCCAAGCCCUUCCGUCCGAAGAUGCUGGGGCGCGAGGCAUGUCCGAACGAACUUUGAGUAACGACAACGACCUUUUGUUCUCGCCAUCGUAUCUUGCGCCUGCUUUCAUGAGACGUUGGCGCAAUUCGACUAUGACGACGGCAACAGCGAGUAGCCUGUCCUCGUCCAACACGAGUGAGCGAGGCUUCCAGAAGCUCUCCGGCCGCAAGAUCCCGCCAGUCCUCACCCACGGCGGCGACGGGUUUGGCGGUGGAUUGGAUGGCGACUCUCCCACCGUUCCUGGAUUCUCUCCUAUGUCUCCUGGCGGAGGGCCGCUCUCAUCCCCCUCGACGUAUGGACCUCCCCCGGCAUCACCAUUCGGCAUGCCGUUGGACACCAACUUGCGCGAGGCCGAUGAGAACAUAACUCCAACUCGGCCAUCGCCAGUCCACCUUCCUGUCUCCAGUUCGGUUAAUUUCGGCUCUCCAACCACCGUGAUCCCCUCACAUACAUUGGCCCAACCUCAGAGUGUCGUGCCGGUAUUACCGGCGCGGCCGGACGGGUUAGGCCGAAGUCAUCCAAGUCAUGACGGAAGCAGAGGAAGCCGCUUUACGGAGAGUCUUGAUCUCUGA